CAUUCAUUUGGCUCAAAAAGAUCGCAAUCUAAGCGUAUAAAACCCGCUGCAUAUGCAUCGGCCCUAUGAAACCUAUUGCAAGGGGAGCUAACGUCGGCUCCCUUUUCAGUUUCUACACCAUCGUCGAUCUUCUUUGUUCGCCCCUCAUUUUGCUGUCAUUUUCGUAGACUUUUCGGCUCGCAACAAGAUCCUCACCGUUCUCCGCCUCAUUUUGCUGUCAUUUUCGUAGACUUUUCGGCUCGCAACAAGAUCCUCACCGUUCUCCGCCCUAAAGCCUAAUUCACAGCCGUUGGAUAGAUUCCUGCCAGAAGAUGAGGGGAAGUUUUACUGGAGCCGAACAAAGGUAUUUUUUUCUCUGGUUCAUUGAAACCCUAGCGCUCUAUCUCCUUCCUCAUCUCAUUCUUCUCAUUUGAUUCCUCGAUUCGGAUCCUUUCAUUGCAACGGAGUUUUCUGUCUCUCGAAAAUAUUUCUCCCGCGUUAGCGCUAUCCCAAACCCUAAAAAAUUUAGAUCUGCGGCUCCCGAAGAUUUUGUCCGGUGUUUGAGAUAGAAGGAGAUAGCGUCGUUUGAUGUAUGGAAUCUGGCCCUCUGUUGGACGGCGGCGAGGAUGAUUCUCGGGAGAAGAGGCGUUGGGUGGUAAACAAGGUUUACACCCGCAAAGCACACAACAAAACCGUCAAGCCCAAUUCGAAUCAAACCCCCGCGCCUGUCACGCCAAAUCAGCCCCCUUUUUCGCAGCAAACCUUAGCCACCACUUCCGAUGGUAUCCAUUCCCCCCUCCAACAGCCAAAAACACCUCUGCAGCCUCUGGAGAACCCCCAGCCAGCAGUGCCCCACCAGUUAUCUGCUGCGUCUGACUACGACACCUCCAGUCUCAAUCCCAAGCCCGCCAAUCACCGACUCCCUGAUGGUCAGAACAGGGUAAUAACCAUCAACCUAGCUUUAAAGGAAAAACAUGAGGUUCGUGAACUACGUAGGAAUCUUAUUUCUGAGCUAGAGUUGAUACGUUCUCUCGUAAGGAAAAUAGAAGCCCGGCAGAUGCAGCUUUCCAUGAACGACACAGGAAAAACCGCCUCUCCUCCAGGACACACCAUAUCUCAGUUUUCUGCCAAUGAUUUUGGAGCUUCUUUCCCCAUCAGAAAGGCACCAGCAAAAAUCGCCUCUCCUCUAGGGCACAACGUUUCUCAGCUUUCUGCCAAUGUUCUUGGAGUUUUUUUCCCCAUCAAAAGGGCGCCAGCAAUCUCAGAGACUGCUUUAGCCGCUGCCCCAACUCCUGUUCGUCAUCAAUUGACAGUCUCAGUUCCAGCUACAGCUGGUGGAGAUAAUGACGUUGUUGAUGUCAUGGAGAAGGAGAAGCGAACCCCAAAGGCUAAUCAGUUCUACAAGAAUACAGAUUUUCUUCUUGGGAAGGAGAGGCUUCCACCAGAAUCCAACAAGAAGUCGAGGGUGAGUGGGACCAAGAAUGGAAGGCAGUCUAUGGAAAAUAAAAUCAAUGAGCAGGCCUUUAAGAAAUGCAGUGUGCUACUUUCCAAGCUUAUGAAACACAAUUUCGGUUGGGUUUUCAACACUCCAGUUGACGCCGAGGCUCUUGGCCUCUCAGAUUAUCACAAAAUUAUUACACAUCCCAUGGAUCUCAGCACUAUAAAAUCCAGAUUGAGUAAAAACUGGUACAAAGCUCCCAAGGAAUUUGCUGAGGAUGUUAGACUCACCUUCCACAAUGCAAUGACUUAUAAUCCAAAGGGGCAGGAUGUUUACAUCAUGGCUCAGCAGCUUCUGCAGAUAUUCGAGGAGCGGUGGCCUAUAAUUGAGGCUGAUAUAGCGUAUCUUCGUUCUCCACUAUCAAUGAAGAGGUUGCCACCUCUUGAAAUGAAGAGAACUUUAGAGAGGUCGGAUUCCACCGUUAGUCCCCUGGCGGCAGAUUUGAAGACAAAAUCAUUGAAUCAGUUAACGCACAUCGGGAGACCUCCGGCUUCAAAGAAGCCCAAGGCCAAGGAUCCGAACAAGCGUGAAAUGACCUUUGAGGAGAAGCAGAGAUUGAGCAAUAAUCUUCAAAACCUGCCUUCAGAAAAGCUGGAUAUGGUUGUACAAAUAAUUAGGAAAAGGAAUCUGUCACUAAGCCAACAUGAGGAUGAGAUUGAGGUGGACAUCGAUAGUGUGGAUACUGAGACUCUUUGGGAACUUGAUAGGUUUGUAACCAAUUAUAAGAAAAGUUUGAGCAAGAUUAAAAGGAAGGCAGAACUUGCCAUGCUUUCAAAGGCAGAGCCUGAGCUGCAUGCCCAAAACAGGGAACAAUUAAUGGUUUCUAAUUCUGCCCCUUCAGAGUUGCUGGGUGAAAACAAGACAGUGACAGUUGAAAAUAUCAUUGCUUCUUCGUCACCGGUUAGAGGAACAAUGGUUGGAAAGAAUGCAAGUCCAACAAGUAGUUCAAGUAGUUCGAGUAGUGAUUCUGGAUCAUCAUCUAGUGAUUCUGAUAGUGAAAGUUCCUCUCAGCGUAGCUCAGAUGGUGCACAAUAACCCGGAAUAUAGGAUGUUUUGAUCGCGACGUAUUAUAAGAGAUGGCUGUGGAUCAGAGUACUUUUUGCAAUUUUUUAAUUAAAAAAAAAUGUUUGGUGCCUUUGGAGUCGAGUUUACCCUGUGGAACUGACCAUUUAAUUUCCGUAGACCGCCAACAAUCUUUUGUUGGAUUAUGGAUUUUGCUCUUUUACUGUUUGUUGAAAUUUCGAGGUAGAUUAUUCAGUGCAGCGUAGUGCUAUUUAUAGUCCAUCUUUAUAUGGAUUGUAGGAUUUUUAUUGUACUGAAUGCUGGGGGUUUACUUCCCCAUAUUUUAAGCUGUAGGUUGGUUAGAUUAGCUGUUGGGGGCUAUUUGGUUGGAUUUUAUUUAGAUUGUAGAAUUAUGUAGAUAACAUUUGAGGGUAUUUAGUUUAUGGAUAUAUGUUUUUGUGUUUAUAUAUUUUAAUCAAGAGGCUUUUGGAUUGUGGCA